AUUUUAUUUUAGUCAUAUAAAAAGCCGGACUUUCAAUAAAAACUGAAAAAUAAAUUAAAAUAUCAAAGCUUCAAAGAAGUACUUUUGCACUGGUUUCGUGUAUUUUACACUAAAUACAAAUUUUAAAACAGAAUCCAUUGCGAAAGUUGCUUCAGUCGAAUUUUAACACAACGCUGAAAAUAAAAUCCGAUAAAGAAAGUCAGGUGCAUUAAUCUGGGCUAGUUCUGAAAUAACCAAUGUGACCAAUCCAAUUUGUAUGAAAAAUCAAUUGCAAACGUUGGAUUCCAUCAGGUUGGGUGUUUUAAAGAGCAGCCUUUAAUCGACAAAACUUCUAAGCUCCAUCAAGCUUGCAUACUCGUACACAAGAAAUAAAAUUGCCUUCUCAAAGAAUUUUAUAAAAUAUAAAAGCGAGAAACAACAAUGUCCAGCGAAAGUGAUAACACGCAACGGUCGCCCUCGUCGCCACCAUCGCUCCCAUCGUCACCACAGCCCCACAAAAGAAUGCGUCUUGAUGAGCAAACGCUGCACGAGGAAGCCACCGCCAUGAAGGAGAAGGGUUUCUCGUUGAGUGCCAUCGAGGAAAUGAAAACACGUGUGGAGGAGAGCAAUCAAAGCGGAGUGCUCGAUCAACAGUUGCGACAAUUUCAAGUGUUAGACGAAGUACAGGGUUCCGGCUCUGAAGAUUCGGACAUUGCCAGCGAAAAUGGCGAUCAAAAUCAUGAGCACGGAGAUGGUUAUGAAUCAUCUGAUUUGGAUAUAGACGAUAAUGAGAUUGAGAAUUUGCUCAACGAGAAUUUACCUGAUGAUUUGAAAGAACCAAAGAAGCCAAAAUAUGAAGAACGCUUUAAGACGGUUUUGGAGGAGAAAGGUCAUAACCAUUUUGAAGUGCUGCCGGAGGGUUGGGUUCAGGUGACACAUAACAGUGGCAUGCCACUUUUUCUGCAUAAACAAUCACGUGUCGUUUCAGCAUCGAGACCAUAUUUCCUUGGUCAUGGCAGUGUGCGAAAACAUGCAAUACCUUUGGGUGCUAUACCUUGCCUUAAUUAUAGACGAGCAUUGGAGGAGGAGGAGGCGGAGAUAAAGCGUUUGAAUGAAGCAUCAACAAAAGAGGGUUCGGUAGAUGCAACCCGGGAUGCUGACGAGGCUAUAGUGGAUAAUAUUCCCAAAUGUCCAUACACUGGUGCUGUUAGCAGCGCGAUCAACCCUACAGAGUCAAGUCAGUCUACACAAGUUUCAUCUUCGACAAAUGGCAUCGCGGUAAAUAACGAAACCAUGGACACGAGCGACCUUACAAUUUCGACACAGACUGCUGCUACACUUACGACUCCAGCAUCAACCUCUACAACUGCUACAGCCACAGCGACAGCGACAACGACACCAGGCGAUUUGGCCGCUAAUAUUGCGGCAUUGAAGAGCCUAGUGCCGCCUGCAAAAAUUGUCACCGUCACCGAGAAUACACAAAACGAGUCGUUGACGCCAGAAAAAUUAAAUCAGUAUUGCACCAAAUUGUUUAAAUUCAAAGUGAUACGUGUUUUGCGUUUUCGUUCGUGGAAUGCGCGACGCAAAUUCACGAAAAAUCGCAAGCACAUUAAAAACUUGCAACGUCCGACGCUGCCCGAUGGCACUAAACUGAUAAAAUUUCCAAUAUUGGCGCCCAGUGGCGAUGCAAGUGCCAAUACACGGGGACGUAAAGAAUGGAUUAUGAAUCCGAAUGGUAAGAGUUAUGUGUGCAUAUUGCAUGAGUAUGUACAGCAUGCACUCAAAAAGCAGCCAACAUACGAAUUCAAGGAGUUGGAAAAUGCGGCAACUCCUUACUCGGCAACUGUAUCGAUCAACGAACUGAAAUAUGGCACGGGUUAUGGCACCAGCAAGAAGCAGGCGAAGUCUGAUGCUGCACGCGAAACACUGGAGAUAUUGAUACCGGAAAUGAAGGACAAGAUCACGGGCAUUAAGCAGGACAAAAAUGCGCCGAAAAGCAAUCACAAAGACUUAUCAGUUUUCGAUGACAUUAAAAUUCAGGAUCCACGCGUUGCUGAAUUUUGUAACAAAACAACGGAGCCAUCACCACAUGCUAUAUUGUUGACCUGCUUGCAACGUAAUUUCGGUCUUGGCGAUGUACAGAUUAAUUAUGAAAUUAAUCGUACGAAAAAUAAAAAGAAUGAAUUCACCAUGACUGUGGGCAAACACACGGCUAAAGUGUUAUGCAAGAAUAAACGCGAGGGCAAGCAACUGGCCUCGCAAGCAAUACUACAGAUUUUACAUCCACACAUUAAGACAUGGGGCUCUCUGCUACGCCUAUACGGCAAUAAUUCAAUUAAGACUUUCAAAGAAAAGAAGCUAGAAGAACAAGAAAUCACUGUACUGCAAAGCAAAGCUGCCAUAAAUCAGCCGAAUUAUGCUAUUCUUGACAAACUCAAGGCAGAAAUGCUUAAAUUGGCUGAAAAGAAUAAAUCCGUUAAAUCAAUGGGCACCUUUGUGCCGCCCAGUGAUGUUGAUUUACCCUCAUCAUCAGGCUCUAAUCUCAAUAAUGUGGAGCUAUAAGCGCAUUUCUUACAUUUCCGUAAAUGUGUGUAGGUUUCGACUGAACUGAAAUAUGACUGAACAAUGAACAACUAAAAUUUCUAAUGCGAUUGUUUUGAAUGAAACCGCCGAAAAAAUUGAAGCACAAAUGAACACUAGAAAAAUAUAUUUAAAUACUUAUCUGUGGUAGCAAAUGAAAAAAGCUGGAGAGAACAUAAGCAAAAACUAAUAAUUGAACUACUAAAAUGGACAGUUACAAAAUAAAUAUGGGGAUAAAUUGCCAAAAUGUGCAUCAAGCAGCUGAACAGUUGUAAACUAAAUUACAAUAAUAGAAUUUUACGUAAUCCGACUUUGGAGACACUUUAAUUUGUUGCUACAAUUUCGCUUUACAUACAUACUCGUAUAUCUGUGGCAUUAGGUAUAUUUGAUAUUAUAAUAGGACCAUACACUUUUUCAUAUAUUUAAAUGCUUUCCUGCAAUAAGUGAGUUUUGGAGUGGUCAUUUUCAUAUCUGAUUAGCUUAGAAGAGCUUCGGGAUAAGCUUUGCUCUUUUAUUGAUUUGAGUUUUAUAGUUUGUUGUAACAGCAUAAACAUUCUCCAUAAAUAUUUAAGGAAUGCUUGUAAAGUAACUAAAGUCGUUGGCCGACUAUGACGCGGAAACGAGUGUCAUAGCUGGUGGGACAUGUUUGAAUUUACUGAAUAAUAUUAGUCGCAACUCGUUUAAUCAAUAUCAGAUACCACAGAUAUGUAAUUAAUGUAUCAGAAAAACCAAACGUUUUUUUAAUUACAUCUAUAAAUUCUUUAUAGAUACCAAAAAUAAAUUGUGUUUAACUUUGCUAGGUGUAAAUGUUUAUUAAUUUUUAGGUUUGUACUUAAAACUAAGGCCGGUGAAAGAAAAUUUCAAGCAAAUUUCAAAGUGUGUUAUCAGAAAUCCACAACAACUCUUCACCACCAAUCAGACUAAAAUUUUGUUAUUAAAUAUAUAAUUAGUACAUUGAAAAAAAUGUUUUUAGUUUAAACCAUUAAAAAUAUUAAAAACCAUGACCAUUCUCUUCAGCACAGUAUUUUUCUAUGCAGUAAAAAAUGUACUAUGUAUCAUAUGUAUAUAAUUUCACCGGUGCUUUGCAUUACAACAUCUUUUAUAAAUUAGCUAGAUUGUAAAAAUAAACGCCUCAACAUUUGGGUUUGCACUAAAGAAAUGUGUUGAGAGUAGUAAAUUAUAUAAUAAAAAAAAAUCAUGAACUGCGUUAAA